AUGAGUAACAGCGCGCCGUUGCAAAAACUUCUGGUGUGGCUCAGAAGACAAAAAGAGGACUCAAGAUCACACUCCGCAGGUGCUCUGGGUACUGAACAGAAUGACCGCGAUUUUGUGAUGGAUCCGACAACUACAGACAAGCCCGAUUGGAGCCAACCACAAAACACAUCACUCGAUCGCUCUGUCAGCAAAUCCACUCGACGCUUCAGCAAGAUCAGCGGCAGAAGCUGGUCAACAGACAAAUGGUCGGACGAUAAUGCUUCCGACCUCAAGAGGCAGUCAGGAAGUCAUAGGCUCUCUAUGUUCAGUAGCCACAAUCCGGACGAGGACUCGAAGAGUUUGUCACCUACAAUCUCGUCUUCCGCAACCCGUGCGUCCAGCUAUGUUCCUCGCCAUGCUUCUUCUAGCCACCUUCGUACCACGGCUCCGCUCUCUCCUCAUGGACAAGCAAUCAAGGAUCGCAAAGCUGGUCAGGUCUAUUGA